AUGGAUAAGAGCUGGGACGCCGUUGAUCUUGGAAGAGCUCGUGAGCUCCGAAUUCUACGAAUCACUCCUGUGGACGACCCGAAUGCAGAGUUGCUGCAUUGGACACAAGUGAUGGAGCUAGAGAAGAGGUACUUAUCCGCUGCUAGCGGAUCACGUGAGUCACAGACGGAAACUGGUGAUUGUACGAAGACCGAGGCGCACUGGGAAAAGAUUGCCGCUCAAGCUUUCUUCGAGCUCUCGAUUGCUAUCAGCACAAAGCAGCGGUUUUUGAGUCGAAGCGAUCGUGGCUCCUACGAUGAGACGUUACUGGAACUUCUUGAGUUCAUUCUUCUACAGCAAACAACAAGUGGUUCCGAGGAAGCCAGCAUGAUCUCUUUCAGCACUUUCAUCAGCUCACCUGGACCUGUCGCGAUGGUGGACAAACACGGCAAAACAGUCGACAAGAACCAGAGAAUCAGGGCAUUGCAAUUCUCUUUUCGUGAGCUGCAUCGAGCAGGGCUUUUGUUCUUGGAGGAUGAUGAGGCAGACCGCCACGUUUUGUUGAGCUUUGAGGUGGCGUUAAAGCCUGUGCUUCUGCAAGUUAUUCGAGACCGAUCACAAGGAUCCUCAAUUGUGGAAAUUGUGGAUGCAAUACUAAACCAGGAGCGAUUCAAGUGCAUUCCGCUGCACUGGAUCGAAAAGAGCCUCGAGCGUCUUAUAGUAUCUCAGCACGUACUUCAACACGAAAAGUCACAGCUGUUCUAUGUAAGCACCAAAGAGCUGUAG